AUGGAUGCGGUCAAUCUGCGUCGCAAGGAUACCACCAAGGGUCCGCCACUGCGGGUGCUCUCGCUAGACGGAGGCGGUGUCCGCGGCUAUUCCAUGCUCAUUAUCCUGCAGGAACUCAUGUACCGCACCUACGUUGAAUGCGAAGGCAAACCCCCGCGCCGCGACCAGAUCCCGAAGCCAUGCGACCACUUCGACCUCAUCGCGGGUACCGGCACCGGCGGUCUGAUUGCUAUCAUGCUGGGACGUCUCCGACUGGAUCUAGAGACAUGCAAGGAAGUCUACGUUCGGAUGACUCGCAAGGUUUUUGAGACAGACAAGACCAUUGCGGGUAUUCCAUAUCGUUCCACUCUGUUCAAGGCCUCGAAAUUAGAAGAGGCCAUUCGCGAGUGUGUUCGUGAGCAUACCGUGUUCGAGACGGAAGGAAAUGAUGUCUCGAACAGCAAUAAUCCCCGUUCGUCAAUUGCCAGUCUCCCUUACAGCCCCAAUUCAGUUCCUCAGCGCUCUGUCAGCCGGGGGAGUUUCAGCACAUCCGGUGCUUCCUAUUCUCAAAAUCCCACAAACAACCGCGGCUCUACGUUUUUGAACGGACUUCGUUGGGGCAACCCGGAUGCCUUAUUGUACGACAACCGAGAGGGUAGAACCAAGACCGCCGUGACUGCUCUAUAUAAGGGAACUCCGCGCAACGGGUCUGCUGUACUCCUGCGUUCCUACGAUUCCCGCCGAGAGCCUCCGCCGGAGUUUGAUUGCACUAUUUGGCAGGCUGGCCGUGCUACAGCUGCUACUGGCCUCGCCUUCAAGCCUAUCCAGAUUGGCCAGCAUGUUUUUAUUGACGAAGGCCCGGGCACAUACAACCCCUCCCCUCAAAUCCUCGAUGAAGCUGUUCAGAAUGAGUGGCCAGGACGGGAGAUCGGAGUAUUCGUCAGUAUUGGAACAGGUCGACGCCCUCCUGGAACGAACAACCGGCAGCAUGAGUGGUGGGAGGAUUUCGUCGGAGAUGCAUUUGGCACGUUCGCGGAGGCUCGACGACGACUUAUCUCGAAAAUCGAGGGCUGUGAGAACAUUCACCUACGAAUGCUCCAGGAAUACCUGCCCCAGCGCAACGUUAGUAAAGACAACUACUAUCGCCUGAACGUCGAGGUUGGUGUGGGUGAAUUCGGCAUGAACGAGUGGAACCGCCUCGCAGAUAUCAGCACCAAUACACGACAGUAUCUCGCCAAGCCCGAGGUCAAGAAGAUGAUUCUAGAUGCGGGUGUUAAAUUUGCCAAGAUCAACCGCAUGCACAAGCGAUUGGCUGAGCAUACGGCUGCCGGUGGUGACCGGGAUGAUCUGUCAUUUGAUCUCGAGCGGGAGGAGAUCACGCUGGGCCAGUCCGUCGGGGAGCCUGAGCAGCAGGUACCUCAAUCAGCUCACCCACAGUCCGCUCACCCAAGCCAUUCUUCUCCGAACUUCUCGGUGCCGCCUCCCUCAAACUCUUUCGCAGUGGAGCUCCCCGCCGAGCCCGUUGAAUACUACCCUCAUUCGUCUGCCCAGGCGUCAUCACCUGCUCCAGCUGUAAUGCCAAGCACCGAUGCCCUCCCCGCGCACCUUGCCCCUCAAAACGGCUCUUCAGCGGGGUAUCCUAGCAGUGAUACUUCAGGCGCUUACUCGGGUUAUGAAAACGCGUACACCCUGAAUUCUCCACACGCAUCUGAGCCAUUCCUGCAUAAUACUGCUCCACCCCCUAUUCCCCCCAAGACCCCUAUUCCCUACCCAGCUCAAGAAGACGAGAGUUCCGGUAUCUCCAUGCCUGCGCCACUGUUUUCACAUGCUUCGCCGGGGGGCUCCAACGCCCAAGCACGACCCCCGUACCCUAUUGACGAGGCUCCUCCCGUCGUCAAUCGGCAGCGUAAGCCAAGCUACCAUGUGCGGUAG